AAAAUAGUCACAAGAAAAGAAAAAAAGUCCUCGGCCGACUAGAAUUGGAUCAACUUCCGCUCUAAGUGUGGUCAAAGUAUCGCGAGACUACGUCGCUUCCUCUUUGCGCGGAACCAGCUUCCAAGAUGUCUCUGGUCAUCCCUGAGAAGUUCCAGCACAUUCUUCGUGUUUUGAACACAAACAUCGAUGGGAGGAGGAAGAUUGCCUUUGCUAUCACUGCCAUCAAGGGGGUGGGCAGACGCUACGCCCACGUGGUUCUGAGGAAGGCCGACAUCGACCUCAACAAGCGGGCCGGCGAGCUGACGGAAGACGAGGUGGAGCGCGUGGUGACCAUCAUGCAGAAUCCUCGCCAGUACAAAAUCCCGGACUGGUUCCUCAACAGGCAGAAGGACGUCAAGGAUGGGAAAUUCAGUCAGGUGUUGGCCAACGGCCUGGACAACAAGCUGAGAGAAGACCUGGAGAGGCUGAAGAAGAUCCGAGCUCACCGCGGGCUCCGACACUUUUGGGGCUUGCGCGUGCGCGGUCAGCACACGAAGACCACCGGCCGCCGCGGUCGCACCGUGGGAGUCUCCAAGAAGAAGUAAAAUUGCAUCCUUUUCUUUGAAUAAACCAACCCAGAAUCUUG